AUGUGCAUCAAAGUUACUUGUCAAACAUGCGGAAAAUAUACAUGGGCCGGAUGUGGAAGGCAUGCUGAUGCUGUUAUGAGUCAAAUACCUAAAGAAGACCAUUGCAUCUGUAAACGGAAUACACAGGCCGACAGUAGUUCAGGUUCCGAUAUUAAGGACGGUAGACAAUCACCAAAUACAGAAAGAGAGCAUUUUUGUUGGGAUUGUCGAGAA